AUGCGUUCCGCUGCAGAGAGACACUCGGAAGAGGCGCUUCUGCCUCCGAAUGAAUCUUCCCCUUUGCUGGGCGAAGCUCAAACGCCCUCCAGCGAUGAAUUGGCGCCCGAACUGCUUGCCGAUGGCGGCCUGUUCUCAGAGUGUGUGCUCAUCUGCCAACAGUCCUUCCCCCUGAUCAUCACUUAUCUCCUCCAGUAUUCGGCCACCCUGAUCACCACUAUUGCCGCGGGGCACUUGACUUCCAAUGACCUUGGAGCCGCCAGCAUAGGCUUGACGACCAUGAAUAUCAUUGGGUACGCACUCGUCGAGGGGAUGGCCACCGCUCUAGACACGGUGUGUGCCCAAGCUUACGGGUCUGGACAGGUGACACAUGUCGGUCUGCAUGUGCAGCGUAUGCUUGCCCUGAUGACUCUCGCCAUCAUCCCAAUUGGCGUCUUCUGGGUAUUUUCUCCAAUGAUCCUCCCCUUGGUCAUCAAGCAGCACGAGCUCGCCGUCCAGGCUGGCAUCUUCCUUCAGGUCUCCCUCAUUGGUCUUCCAGGGUACGCCUUUUUCGAAGCCGGAAAGCGGUUUAUGCAGGCACAGGGUGACUUCACGUCAGGCACCGCCGUGCUCGUCAUCACCACUCCGAUCAAUGCUCUUCUGACCUGGUACUUCACCAUGGUGCUCGACCUCGGUCUUCCCGGCGCCGCCCUCGCCCAGGCCAUUGCCAACAACCUGCGCCCGCUGCUCCUCCUCGGCCACAUCGUCUUCUUCGCCCCUUGGUCCCUUAAGUGCUGGGGAGGCUGGUCCCGCGACGCCCUCAACGGCUGGGGCCACCUCCUCAGCCUCUCCGUUGCAGGCACGGCCGUGAACCUGGCCGAAUGGGGCGCCUUCGAGAUCCUCAUGGUCAGCACCACCUACAUCGACACGGACCACCUCGCCGCGCAGACGAUCCUCAGCACCGUCUCCGUCAUCACCUGGCACAUCCCCUUCUCCAUCAGCGUCGCUGUGAGUACCCGGAUCGGCUUCUUCCUCGGCGCGGGCCUCGUCCUGCGCGCCCAGCGUGCAGCUGCCAUGUACUCUCUGAUCUUCUUAGUUGUCGGUGUGGCCGACGGCCUGGCCAUCUACUUCCUCCGCGACUAUCUGACCCCGAUCUUCUCUAACGACGAGGAGGUGGUCCGCAUCGCGAUCGACUCGACUCUCGGCCUCGCCCUGUUCCAGAUCGUCGACGCGCUCAGCUCGGGCUGUAACGGAGUUUUGCGUGGGCUCGGCUGCCAGUCUGUCGCUGCGUGGAUUGUGUUGGCUAUCAACUACCUCGGCGCUGUCCCCCUUGCCAUUUGGCUUGAGAUAGGGUCUCCUGAUUUGAAGCUGGGCGGUCUCUGGUACGGACUGGGGUCCGGCAUGGUCUUCAUCGUGCUGAUCGAGUCCAUCUACAUGAGGUGGAUCAAUUGGCAAGACCGGAUUGACGACAUCAGAGCAAGGGAGGAGGCUGAUUGA